CCUGGCAGCAGCAUGAGGAGGCGGUACAGGGGCCCAUGGCAGUCAGUGGCGGAGCGUAAGCAGCUAAAAUUGAAGGCCAUACAGAGACCUAUGUUAAAAAGUCCCCCAGCAGCAGCGUGGGGAGACGACUAUCAAGAGUCCAAUGGCAGAGUGGCGGAGCAGAAGCAGCUUCAAUUGAAGGCCAUACACAGGCCUAGGUUAAAAAGCGGAAGCCGUCAGCAGCGUGAGCAGACGACAGAGACACAUGGCGCAGGAGUGGCGAAGCGUAAGCAGCUUAAAUUGAAGGCCAUACAGAGGCCUAUGUUAAAAAUAAUAACAUGUUUGGGGCAU